AUUGAUAAAAGCUAUCGAAUUCGAAUUUAAUUGCCAUAACCUUUGAAUUAAAUAAUUUUCCUGAGCAUUUCAAUGUGAUAAGUGUAAACGUUGACAUGCUUUGUUUUAUAAUUUUUUGUAUUUUUUUCAUCGGUAUAUUAUCCAAAGUAACAAAUGCUUGGUGCUGCAGCAAAGUGUGCCUUGUUGGAAAAACCGCUAUUAUUACAGGAGGAAAUUCGGGUAUUGGCUAUCAGAUAGCAUUAUCACUAGCAUCUCGAGGCUGUAAAGUCAUAAUCGCUGAUAAAGAUGAUGGAUCUAGAUCAAAACACAAAAUUAUGGAAGAAACAAAUAAUAAAAACAUUUUUGUUAAAAAAAUGGAUUUGGCUUCAUUAAAUUCAGUUAGAAAAUUUGCGGAAUACAUAAAGGAGACGCAACCAAAAAUAGAUAUUUUAAUUAAUAAUGCAGGCAUAGGUUCAACUGCAUUAAAAUUCACUGAAGAUGGUUUACAGCGGACAAUGCAAAUCAACUAUUUAGGCCAUUUUUUAUUGACUUAUCUUCUAUUAGAUGUAAUGAAAAAAUCUGCACCUAGUCGCAUUAUAUUCACCAAUUCCAUUGGCUGUUUUUUCACUCUACUCAAAUUAGAAGAUUUGGAUCCAAGAGAAAAUUAUCCAAAUCCUUACAAAAUAUAUCUGAAGUCGAAAUUAUUUCUAGCCGUAGCCGCCAAGCAUUUUGCCUCAAAGUUACGAGACUCUAAUGUGACAGUAAAUAGUUUUCAUCCCGGAGCGGCCAGAUCAGGAAUCUUUCUGAAGGCCGUUAAUGAUGAAAUUUCACUUUAUCCCAUUGUAUUGGGUUUGCUUACAAUACCAUUUGGAAAGAGUACUGAAGAGGCUGCUCAAACAGCUAUCCAUUUGGCGUGUGAUAAGAAAGUUGAAGAUGUUACAGGAAAAUUUUUUUUAGAAUGUCGUCAGUUUCUAAUGCCGUUUCAAACUACCAAUACCGAGUUUUGCAAGGAAGUAUUUGAAUAUUCAAAGAAGCUGGUUAAAUUAAAACCCGAAGAAUAUACUAUUUAAUAAAAAAAGAGAUCUAUGAAAUUUUUAAAAUUAAGUUGUAUCAUACAAUUAAAAUGUAACUGUCUUAACACCUAUUUUAUUAAAAAAUAUAAACUUGAUUGACAUAUAAAAUGUAAUGCCUACCCCAAAUUCAGGGACUCAAAUAAGAUUCCUAAGCAAGUAUUUAUCUACCUUUUAAUUUACCUCGUUCCAGUUGCAGUCGACCAGGAAGAGUCUAUUGAAGGUUAGAGAUGUCAUGUGGUUUGAUUGCAUAUUUUAUAUUGCAAAUUGAACCCGGGACAAAAAAUCCAAAGUUAAGCGG